UCUUAGAUAAAUUAAUUUUAAUAUUUCUCAUAUGAAGAUAUUUUACAUGGGGAUCGUGCUGUUUGGACCAGGAAUCGCUAUUGAAACAGUGACAAAUUUUCCGCUUUGGGUGUCUGUUUUGAUAGUGGCUUUUUCAGGAAUCGCUUACACGGCUGUGGGCGGUCUCCGAGCUGUGGUGUGGACAGACGUUUUCCAGCUCACAAUUAUGCUCAUUGGGAUGUUGAGUAUCAUCAUAAAGACUACCAUUGACGUUGGAGGAAUCAAGCAAGUGUUUGAUAUUGCUGGUGAAGGACUUCGUCUUCAAAUGCCGAGCUUCGAUCUGGAUCCCACCGUCCGCAAUACGUUCUGGUCUUUAAUUGUCGGUUCCUCUAUAUCUCUUACGUACCUGCAUACCUCCCAGGCGACCACACAAAGAAUCUGCUCAGUUCCUACUGAAAGAGAUGCACGCAGAGUUAUCAUCAUUUCAACUUUAGCGACUGUUGUAAAUGCCGUCCUGGCAUGUCUCCUAGGAGUAUUUGCUUACGCAUAUUUCCACAAAAUACGGUGUGAUCCUAUUGCGUCGAAGGCAAUUGAAAACCCAAAUCAGAUUCUUCCAUAUUUGGUAAUAACAAUUUUCCGUGAUGUGCCUGGAAUGUCAGGAGUGUUUGUAGCAGCUUUGUUUAGUGCGUCACUAAGUACAAUUUCAUCUUUACUGAGUAGCCUAUCAGCACAAACUGUGGAGGAUAUUGUAAAACCUCUUGUAAAAGACAUCUCCGAAAGACGAGCAAUACUCGUAGCUAAAAUAUCCGGUUGA